UCGGGAUGGUUAAGAUGGGGCUGUGGUGGUAGCAACUCGGGUACGGGGGGAAGAUCGAGGUUGAGAGUUAGGAGAGGAUGGUAUCGAAGAGGGGUUUACUAAGGGAUCGGGGGUGGGAUCGGGAUGGGAUCGGGAUGGGGUCGGGUUGAUAUCGGGAUGGGAUCGGGAUGGAGUCGGGAUGAGAUUGGGACGGGAUCGGGAUGGGUUCGGGUUGGGAUCGGGAUGGGGUCGGAAUUGGAUCGAGUUGAGGUCGGGAUGGGAUGUGAUGGGAUCGUAAUGGGGUUAAGUUGGGAUCGGGAUGGGAUCGGGAUAAGAUCGGAGCUGAUGGCCUCAGUCGUGGCUGAAAUUGUCCAAUCAGGACAGCUGGUAGGGGAUGAUGAUCUAGAUGCAAGAGCAUUUGCCCUGGAUUGUGACAGGUUCUACAGAAGUGACGCCUCCGACUGUUCUGAAUGGGAAGGGGACGAUGAAGGUGAGACCUGGGACUGGGACUUUGAUCUAGAUAAGGACGAGAAUGGCCAAUUUGAUGCAGAGAGUCCUCACAAGGCAGGACACCCUGCAGCCUCUCCAGCCAAGGACACUGGAGUAGGCUCUGUACCCUGUCAUAUUGCAUACACAAAUCUUCCGCUGUGUUUAUCUCUCCCUGUGACGCCUGAAUGGAAUGACCGGGAAAGAUCGAGGCAACGUGUAAUGGCAACACCAAAGAAGGAUCUGAGGGAGGAGAUCAGGAGGAUGCGAGAAAAAGAGUAUUGUACAUUAAGGGAGGUGGAGGAACUAAAAAAGAAGCAAACGAACGUGGAAACUGAGAAGGUUUUGGCUGAAGCAAGGAAGUUAGAGGCGGAGGCUGAAGUUUCGAGGCUGCGGGAGCAGAUGGAGAAGCUGUCUGCUGAGACUGCGGUGCUGCCGACUGGUGGAACCAACCUGAAAGGACGAUUGGAGGAAGCCGCAACCAGUGGUUUGAGGACGGUGAAGCGAGGAAGACCAAGAAUGACUCCGAUUAAGACACCUAGGAAGGAGGAUGACCGUUUUGUCUUUGUGCGUGAAGACAGUAAGGCAUUGCAUACAGGAUGGUGGAAACUACGGCGGAAGAGCUCACAGAAAUCAGAGCCAGCGCACACUUUGGGAGAUGUGGUGAUGAGGCUGCCACAAUGGCUGGAAGGGAAAGAGAGAAAGAGGCGUCAACGAGCCAGGAAAGUGGGGAGGUUGCCGUGGAAGUGGAGGAGGUCCCCUCGGACUCUGCUUAGGGGGGCAUGUUAUCUGGUGCCAAGGCAUGAAGACACCAGGAAAUGGCGGCUGAUAUGCCCGACUUAUGAGGAAGGUGGUGUGGUGGCCAGCAAACAGGUGGCCAGAGUGGUGAAUCGGCUGUGGUGGGAUCUGCCAUCAGGAUGUAACUUUAAUAUGAGAUGUACAGAGGAGUUGGUGAAAAGGUUAUCGGAGGCUAACAAGAAGCUGUUUCCAGGAGAGGAAUUUAUCACUGCGGCAUUCCACAUAAAAGAAAUGUUUUGUAAUUUGCAGCAUGACGCAGUUUUGGAUGCAUUAAGAUGGAUUGUUGACUUCUGGAUGUUGCAAGGGGCAAGUGGCAUGAUGCUGAAGAGCAGAGGGAAGGAAGCGAAGGUGAGGAUGGGGGGCCUUCCGGUUGGUUGGAUUAACGUGAGCUUUGAGGAUGUGUUACGUUUUGUGGAGUUUGACCUCGAUUGCACCUUUGUGAUGGCUGGUGGGGUGUGAAACGGUAUUCACCAGUUAGCAGUAGCUGCUGCAGAUCCCACUGGACUGUGUGCACUUUGGGCAAGGGAAAUGGGCCAGACCAACGACCUGCAGAAGUAUAAAUCAAGAGGCAGCGCCCAG